AUGGUCAGGGAGUGGCGGCGGCUUCAUCUUCACAUCGAGCAGCAAGAGCCAUCGACCUCCUAUGCCCUGGGUUCUGGCUCGAUGACGGAGAGGUCCUUCUUCGAGCUCUUAUCCCUCCAUUCCAUCCGCGUGCUCUACGACUUCCGCUCGGACGGUGAGCAGGGUCCGGCACACUUCAAGCCAAGUCACCUGGAAGGCGCCUGCAAGCGGCACUCGGUGCACUACCGCUUCGCGCCCUUGGGCCGCGAAGGGGCUUAUGGCAUCCUCAAGCAUCUUCAGGAGGACGAAGGCCGCAACCUGCUGGCUGAGCUGGUCUGGUGGGCCCGGCGCAAGCGCACAGCUUUCCUAGGCCCUCUGGCAGAAGUGGAAGGGCGCGAAGAGUGA